UCGGUUAGCAUGCUCUUGACAUGGGGGCCACUCAAUCACCUCUGAAAGCUGGUUGCAGGAUGGACGGCAAGUGUAUGGAGUCGGGCCAUCCAUGUUUUGUCACCGAGCGAAGCUCCUGCAUUGCAGUGGCAAUCACUGGCAGACACAAUCCUCAAUCUCUUCGCCUCCGUUGUCAGUUUGCCAGUCACCUUCCUCGACUGCUAUGCUCUUUCCGAACCAUCGUCUGCAUGGAGCGCUUCCAACACUGGAAACGGUGGUCUCCAGGUCAACCUCUCCUGCAGCAACCUUUUCCCGUCCACUCCAUCCUCUUCGUCAUCUCCAUCUCCGGGACUUCCGACCUUCCCAUUUCCACUGUUUCCGCUCCAGACUGUUCCAACGAGCACUCCCUUCACCGUUCCUUUCCCAAGCGUUCCCAGCAUUCCUUUCCCAAGCGUUCCCAUUCCUACGAGCAUUCCUUUCCCGAAGAUCCCCCCCAAUAACCAUCGGUCUGACCACUCCACAAACACCAGCUG